GACUAUCCUCUCCGGCAAAGUCAUCCGUGUGGGAAGGAACCAUGAAUUGGCAUUUGCCCUUCUUCCUCGUGGCCACAGUGACUUUGCCCUCUGUGUGCACCCAGUUCAAUCCUCUGUCCCUGGAGCAGCUAGGCUCUGACACAGGGAUCCAGGUUUUCAAUCAGAUCGUCAAAUCCCGGCCUCAUGACAACAUUGUCGUCUCCCCCCACGGGAUUGCAUCCAUCCUGGGGAUGCUCCAGCUGGGUGCCGACGGCAGGACAAAGAAGCAGCUCACCACGGUGAUGAGAUACGGCGUGAAUGGAGUUGGCAAAGUAUUGAAGAAGAUCAACAAGGCCAUCGUCUCCAAGAAGAAUAAAGAUACUGUGACAGUGGCUAAUGCAGUGUUUGUGAAGAAUAGCUCUAAAAUUGAAGUGCCUUUUGUGACGAGGAACAAGGAUGUGUUUCAGAGUGAAGUCUGGAAUGUGAACUUCGAGGACCCAGCCUCUGCCUGUGACUCUAUCAAUGUGUGGGUUCAAAAUGAAACCCAGGGUAUGAUCGACAAUCUGCUCUCCCCAGAUCUUAUCGACGGUGUGCUCACCGAACUGGUCCUGGUCAGUGCAGUAUACUUUAAGGGAUUGUGGAGAUCACGGUUUCAACCUGAGAACACAAAGAAACGUACUUUUGUGGCAGCUGAUGGGAAAUCUUACCAAGUGCCGAUGCUAGCCCAGCUCUCCGUGUUCCGGUGUGGGUCCACAAGCACCCCCAAUGAUAUAUGGUACAGCUUCAUUGAACUGCCCUACCACGGGGAAAGCAUCAGCAUGCUGGUUGUGCUGCCCACCGAGAGCUCCACCCCGCUGUCGGCCAUCAUCCCUCACAUCAGCACCAAGACCAUAGACAGCUUGAUGAGCGCCAUGGUGCCCAAGAGGGUACAGGUCAUCCUGCCCAAGUUCACAGCUGUAGCACAAACAGAUUUGAAGGAGCCAUUGAAAGUUCUUGGCAUCACCGAGAUGUUUGAUUCAUCAAAGGCAAACUUUACAAAAAUUACAAGGUCAGAGAACCUUCAUGUUUCUCACAUCUUGCAAAAAGCAAAAAUUGAAAUCAGCGAGGAUGGAACCAAAGCUUCAGCAGCAACGACUGCGAUUCUAAUUGCAAGGUCGUCGCCUCCCUGGUUUAUAGUAGACAGACCGUUUCUGUUUUUCAUCCGACAUAACCCUACAGGUGCUGUCUUAUUCAUGGGGCAGAUAAACAAGCCCUGAAGAGUACACAGAAGAAACCGUGCAAAGUCAAGAAGGCUUUGCUAAGAAGACAUUUUGCCUACAUCUCUCAUAGUUCUGUUGAAUAUUUUUGUACAUGGCUUUCUUUUUCAAAACUAGUUCUUAGGAACAGAGACUCAAAGAUGCCAGCGUCUAUAUUCUGAGAUGUGUCACAGGGAACAAAGGUCAGGACGGCUGGAACACUGUGCUGAGAAAUGAAGAGGAAGGGCUUCAAAAUGUCUAAAUAAUUCUUUAAACUACUGAGCAGUUACCCAGGUUAACAGCCCUCUUCAGUAUUUACUGUCCAGUUCAGCAUUCUUGUUUUAUUCAUAUGUGUGGCUUUUCAGAAGAAUUUAAUCAGUGUGAUGAAAAAAAAAACCACAUACCCAUUUUAUGGUAGCUUUCCUUUUUUAUGAAAAUAAAAUAUUGGCCUUCUUAAUUCCUUUUUUUUUUUUUUUUGGGUCCCAUCCAAAGUCUUGAUACUAAGCACUAUUUUGAGGGUAGAAAUAGCAAAACUCUCUAGCCUCUUUGUGUGUUUGUUGUUUUAUAUAAUGCAUGUACUCACUAAAAUAAAGUUUAAAAAACUAAUGUCUUGCUAGACAAGGUUUGAUGUUGUGCGGUGUGCCUGUCACGACUGGUCUGUUCUCCUCUUGGGAUUUGCAUUUUUGUAUUUUGUACAAAGUAAAAAUAAAGUGUUACGAGUAAUAAAAAAAAAAAA